CGUGCGAGUGGCGGUUAGGAGCUCUCGUUGGCGGUUACAGGGACUCCCACACACACUCUCUCUCUCUCUCUCCCCCCGUGCAUGUGCUCUCUCUCCCCCCGUGCGUGUGCUCUCUCUCCCCCCAUUUCAUUUUGGUUUUUCAAGAAAGGUUUAGGGCGUCAGCAAGACGCCCCGCCGGAGUUCGAGAAGAACAAGUUCGUGACCCGCCUCACAUACACCCUAGACGUGAUCGGGCUUCAAGGUCUCCUCCUAUGGCUCCCUCAAUUUCCAGGAGAAGGACGGUAAGAUCACGCUGCGUGCGAAGAAGAGCAAGCUGGAGACCAGCGAGCUCUCUUUCGGCAAAUCAGUUUACUACAACAUCCCAACCAACCUUAGGAGAGCUAACUCCUUUGACGGACAUGUCUGUUGUUGCAGUCUGGUUUUCUCUUGAAAGAGAAACCCUGCUUAGGAUAUAUUUAACCAUAUUAGAGUGCAAUAUUUCCCUUUCACGUUCUAGGGAGGGAAAAAAUAAAAGGAAGGAGGAAGAAAGUGACGAAAGAACUACAAUUAGGGGCAGAAAGAUGAAACCAAGUGAAGACAUCUGUUUAGUAGCACACAUCUGGAGCAAAUUGAUCGAGAUGGGUGCGUCUUCUCCGGAUUGCUUUUGGGUUUCAAUGUUAUUCUCAAUGAAAAAGUCCAUGUACGGGAUGUUUUGUAGCAGAUUUGGCAUCUUGUUCAACCCAAUUGGUUUCUUUCUUCAGCUUCUUGACCGGAAGCCAUUUGACAUUUCCUUGAUAUUAGCUUGCGAGUGUAUAGAAGAAUAGGCUUUUGGGGGCUCCAUUUGUAGGUCCACUUGGGUCAAGGACGAAGAAUGAAUCUGAUCUUUGGUUGGUGCAUGGGUUCCACUGACGUAAGGAUACAAAUAUUCGAGUAGAUAGAACAUAAAACCGAGCAAGGAUUAUAUAUGUUGAUACCAAGACGUGCUUAAAUGUUGAAGUGGCUACAAGUUGUGGCGGCUAGCUAAACUUUAUUGAUGUAAGAAAAAAGCAACUUUUCUGAAUGGGACGUUUAUUCCUCUUUGAAGCUUCACAUGUGGACAAUGGUCAUGAACGGUUCUAAGACACUCCAAGCUAAGCUUGACAACCUUUGGAUUCUUUAGAAUUGCAAGUGAAGACGUGAUUAACAUUUACAUGCAAACCAUUCAAUUGCAUAUAAACCUGAAGGAUGGAGAGUUAAAAAAAUCCUAUGCUACAGCUAAUAUAGUGGUAUUGAUUACAGAGAAAUAGCUGAAGUUUUGUUGAAUAGGAAUGUUAAAAAAAAUGUAAAUGGAAGGGAGCAACCGGAGUUUCUAGCUGCAUAACCAUGCACGCUGGAAUGAAGUAUG